GACGCCUCGCAAAGAUGGAUCAUUACGACUCUCAGCAAACCAACGAUUACAUGCAGCCAGAGGACGACUGGGACAGGGAUCUGCUUUUGGAUCCAGCCUGGGAAAAGCAGCAGAGAAAGACAUUUACAGCCUGGUGCAACUCUCAUCUCCGGAAAGCUGGCACACAGAUUGAGAACAUAGAAGAAGAUUUCCGGGAUGGCCUUAAACUUAUGUUACUCCUGGAAGUUAUAUCGGGUGAACGUUUGGCUAAACCAGAAAGAGGCAAAAUGCGAGUGCAUAAAAUCUCAAAUGUGAACAAAGCUCUUGAUUUCAUUGCCAGCAAAGGAGUCAAAUUGGUAUCUAUUGGAGCAGAAGAAAUUGUUGAUGGGAAUGCAAAAAUGACCCUUGGAAUGAUUUGGACUAUCAUCCUCCGUUUUGCCAUUCAGGACAUCUCUGUGGAAGAGACAUCUGCUAAGGAAGGGCUUUUGUUGUGGUGUCAAAGGAAGACAGCCCCAUACAAAAAUGUGAACAUCCAAAACUUCCAUAUUAGCUGGAAGGAUGGCCUUGGCUUCUGUGCCUUGAUUCAUAGACAUCGCCCGGAGCUAAUUGACUAUGGGAAGCUAAGAAAGGAUGAUCCUCUCACUAACCUGAACACAGCUUUUGAUGUGGCAGAAAGGUUCCUAGAUAUCCCAAAAAUGUUGGAUGCUGAAGACAUUGUUGGAACUGCCCGUCCUGACGAGAAGGCCAUCAUGACCUAUGUUUCUAGCUUCUACCACGCCUUCUCAGGAGCCCAGAAGGCGGAAACAGCAGCCAAUCGGAUCUGCAAGGUGCUGGCGGUUAAUCAAGAGAAUGAACAGCUAAUGGAAGAAUAUGAGAAGUUGGCCAGUGAUUUGCUGGAGUGGAUCCGCCGCACCAUACCUUGGCUAGAAAACCGGGCACCAGAGAACACCAUGCAUGCCAUGCAGCAGAAACUGGAGGACUUCCGAGAUUACCGCCGUCUUCACAAGCCCCCCAAAGUCCAAGAGAAGUGCCAGCUUGAGAUCAACUUCAACACACUGCAGACAAAGCUGCGGCUUAGCAACAGGCCAGCCUUUAUGCCUUCAGAAGGGAAAAUGGUCUCGGAUAUAAACAAUGCAUGGGGUGGACUGGAGCAGGCUGAGAAGGGGUAUGAAGAGUGGCUUUUGAACGAGAUCCGAAGAUUAGAGCGGCUGGAUCACCUGGCUGAGAAGUUCCGGCAGAAAGCUUCCAUUCAUGAAUCAUGGACAGAUGGCAAAGAAGCAAUGCUACAGCAGAAGGAUUAUGAAACGGCGACCCUGUCAGAGAUCAAGGCCCUCUUAAAGAAGCACGAGGCGUUUGAGAGCGACCUUGCCGCUCACCAGGACCGUGUGGAACAGAUUGCUGCUAUUGCCCAAGAGCUCAAUGAGCUGGAUUAUUACGAUUCACCAAGUGUCAAUGCCAGGUGCCAGAAAAUAUGUGACCAGUGGGAUAACUUGGGGGCUCUGACCCAGAAACGAAGGGAAGCCCUGGAGAGAACAGAAAAAUUGCUGGAGACAAUUGACCAGCUGUAUCUAGAAUAUGCCAAACGAGCUGCCCCUUUCAAUAACUGGAUGGAGGGAGCCAUGGAGGAUCUUCAAGACACCUUCAUAGUCCAUACCAUUGAGGAAAUCCAGGGAUUGUCCACAGCUCAUGAACAGUUCAAAGCUACCUUGCCAGAUGCUGACAAGGAACGACAGGCAAUCCUAGGAAUUCACAACGAAGUGUCAAAAAUUGUCCAGACCUACCAUGUCAAUAUGGCAGGAACCAACCCCUACACCACCAUCACUCCACAAGAAAUCAAUAGCAAAUGGGAUCAUGUGAGACAACUAGUUCCCAGGCGGGACCAGGCCUUGAUGGAGGAACAUGCACGCCAGCAGCAUAAUGAGAGGCUGCGCAAGCAGUUCGGGGCUCAGGCCAAUGUUAUUGGGCCCUGGAUCCAAACCAAGAUGGAGGAGAUUGGUCGUAUCUCCAUAGAGAUGCAUGGGACUCUGGAGGAUCAGCUCAGUCACCUGCGACAGUAUGAGAAGAGCAUUGUGAACUACAAACCAAAGAUUGAUCAGCUGGAGGGAGAUCACCAACAGAUUCAAGAGGCGCUGAUCUUUGACAAUAAGCACACCAAUUACACUAUGGAGCACAUCAGAGUGGGCUGGGAGCAGCUCCUGACAACAAUCGCUAGAACCAUUAAUGAAGUAGAAAACCAGAUUCUAACCCGAGAUGCCAAAGGAAUCAGCCAGGAACAGAUGAACGAGUUUCGUGCCUCCUUCAACCACUUUGACAGGGACCACUCCGGCACACUCGGCCCUGAGGAAUUCAAAGCCUGCCUCAUCAGUUUGGGUUACGAUAUUGGAAACGAUGCACAGAAGAAGACUGGUAUGCUGGAUUGCGAAGAUUUCCACACCUGCCUUAUUUCCGUUGGUUACAAUAUGGGUGAAGCAGAGUUUGCUAGAAUCAUGAGCAUUGUAGAUCCCAACCGCAUAGGAGUAGUGACAUUUCAGGCCUUCAUUGACUUCAUGUCCCGAGAAACGGCUGAUACUGAUACAGCUGAUCAAGUUAUGGCCUCCUUCAAAAUACUGGCUGGAGAUAAAAACUACAUCACUGUGGAUGAAUUGCGGCGGGAACUGCCUCCUGAUCAAGCUGAAUAUUGCAUUGCCAGAAUGGCACCUUACACUGGGCUGGAUUCGGUGCCUGGUGCCUUGGACUACAUGUCUUUCUCUACAGCUCUCUAUGGCGAAAGUGACCUUUAACUACCACCUGUCUAUUCACCAUGCAUCUUUUCCCUCUCCCAUCCAGGCGCACCUUUCUUUCUGUUUGCAAAAGUGGG